UUACAGGCUGGGGGAAGGGCAGGCGAGCUGGAGCUUGCCCGGCGACGGUCUUUGGCUUCCGUCCGUGAGCGAGUGGCCGGCGUGGACGAUGGAGUCCAGUUUGAAUAUCACAGUGUUGAUUGCAUUGGUGGGUGGUGCGGCAUCCAUUCUAUUGCUUUUUUUUAAGGCAAUGGGCUCUCAAAAGAAGAGUAAUCCAGUUACCUUGCAAGACCCGAAUCUCAAGUAUCCAUUGCGUUUGAUAGAGAAGGAGGAGAUCAGCCAUGAUACCAAACGGUUUCGGUUUGCGCUUCCAUCGUCAGAGCAUAUAUUGGGCUUGCCUGUGGGUCAACAUGUAUAUCUGUCUGCCAACGUUGCUGGCAACCUUGUGAUCCGGGCCUACACUCCAGUUUCUAGUGAUGAAGUGAAAGGCUAUGUUGAUCUAAUUAUAAAGGUUUACUACAAAAAUGUUCAUCCCAAGUUUCCAGAAGGUGGGAAAAUGUCCCAGCAUUUAGACAACAUGAUAACUGGUGACACCAUAGACUUCAGAGGACCUAACGGGCUCCUGGUAUAUAAUGGAUCAGGUAAAUUCACUAUCAAGCAGGAUAAGAAGUCUGAAGGAAAGAUAAAGUUUGCAAAACGUCUUGGAAUGAUAGCUGGGGGAACAGGAAUCACUCCAAUGCUGCAGCUGAUCCGACAUAUCACAAAAGACCCCAAGGACAACACAAAGUGCUACCUCAUUUUUGCCAACCAGACCGAGCAAGAUAUAUUGCUGAGACCAGAGCUUGAAGAUGUAGCUGCAAAUCAUCCGGACCAAUUUAAAUUCUGGUAUACUCUGGACAGACCCCCUCAAGGCUGGAAGUACAGUUCUGGUUUUGUCACUACAGACAUGAUAAAGGACCAUCUCCCUGCCCCUAGCGACGACACCUUGAUUCUGAUGUGUGGGCCUCCACCUAUGAUUCAGUUUGCUUGUCAACCUAAUCUCGAAAAACUUGGAUAUGCCAAAGAGAACACUUUUGCUUACUGAAGCUGAGGUUGUACUAAUUCCUCCGAUUAAAUGAUGUAAGUGCACAGAGCACUCGUAAAUAGCUUUUGUGGUUAAAAUUCAUAUUGAGAGGGCUGUGGCU